AAUUUUUAACCUAACAGGGAGGUGAUAAAUACCUCUUCAGCAAGCAUAGGGUGCACUGUCACACUAAUGUAUCACCAUACAUCACCGUGUUCUAGGAAUCAGGAAACACCCUGCAAAGUGGACAGAUGAAAACAGUGCGUACCUUUCAUUGGAACAGCUGGUAGGACAGGGCAGGGGUAGACAGAGGCAUACUGAGUGAGUCUCCUGAAAGGCAGUGAGUAGGAGCUAAGGGUGAAGGUUGUAGAAAGUGCCUUUGAAAGGAAGAAGAGGGAGAAAGGGAAAGACUAGGGUGGAGCCUGAAGUAGGGACAAGAGGAGAAAAUUAAUAGGGAUAAAGCAAUUGAGAGAGUUGGUACAAAAAGAUGAAGAGUGAAGUAAACAGUAGGCGGCAAGAGGCCAAUCUGAGAGGAGGAAGCCAGGUCAGAGAAAGAAGGAAGAGAAAAAAAAAGAGGGGUACAAAACAAAAGAAGAAGGCAGUCAAGGAAGUCUGAAUACUGAAUCAGAGAAGGGAAGAGGAAAUAGAUAAUGAACCAGGGAGUGAAGAAUGAGAGAAAGGCGGCAAGUAGAAGGGGAGAGAGAAAGAACCGCAUCUAGGUGUUCUGAGUGCAACUGCACUUCCAGUGGCGCCCUCAUGGAACACUCACCUGCUCCGGGAGAUGGGAAAGGGCAUCCUGCAGCAAAAGUCCUAGACGUUAGCCUGAGUCUGGGUCAGCUCCAGGGCUCCCAGAAAAGAGGAGAGGCCAGGGUGGAUCGACAGGAUCACUAUGCGCCUCUUUAACAGACGCAGGGGCGACCCAGGGAUGCAGAGGGGUCCCGGAGGAACUAGGGCCCGGGAGAGGCUGGUACCUGCUUGGGAGCGAGAUAGUGUGGAGAGGGCACUGAAGCUAAAAGUGGCCAAGAAGCAGGGCGCCCCAAAUCAGAAGGCCUGGCGGAAGUGAGAAGUGCCUGGAUGCUGAGCCCAGGAUCAAAGGAAGGUUGCAGGGCUGGGUGGAAGCCAGCAGGGAGUGCAGGAGUGUAGGGAACCAGAUGGGGUGGGGAAAUCCUGGCUUGGGAUGGUCUGAGGGUGGGGGCUGCGUGGCGACCACACAGAGUGUGUGUUAGGGCAGGAUAACAACCCUGGCUAAAUCGUCCCUGUGGUUUUCUAUUUCCUAGUCUCAGAAGUUGCAGCAUCAGAGGUUGAUGGCUGAAAAAAAAUAUAUCUGCGAAGGGCAGUUAAAGGAGGAGAACAGUGGCAGGUGACGGAGAGGGCGGGAGUGCAGGCGAAGGCACGAAUAUGGGCUAAUGGAAGGGCUUCACGAAAGCCUUCGUCCACUCUCCUCCCUGGCUGUUUUUGCUAAGUGCCAGCCCUGCGAAAGGGGCAUCGGUGCUGGGUCGAGCCAGGGCGGGCUGGCUGUGCUGAGAUAGGAGGCAAGAUGGAGGGGCGGGAGCCAAGGCCGAAGGGGCGGACACGGGGUGGCGUCUAGCUUUCCAUAAAGGGGCCGUGGGGGCCGCGCUCUUCUCUGCGCGGGCGGUGGCCUCAGGCGGGGAACACGGCGCGAUGCCUGUUCUAUGCCAGCAGAGCCCAGUGCUGGCAGGCAGCGCCGCUUUGGCUGCCCUGGGGUUGCUGGUCCUGUACCUCGCAGAGCCCUCUGGUUACGGGAAGCACUCGGAGACCCUGAUGCCCGCGGCUAUCCGGCUGCCGGCCCGCGCCGCCUGGUUCCUGCAGGAGCUGCCCUCCUUCGUGGUACCCGCGGGGAUCCUCGCUGGGCAGCCUCGCUCUGUUUUCGGCCCGCCUGCGACUGUGCUUCUGGGCCUCUUCUGCGCACAUUACUUCCACAGGACAUUUGUUUACUCACUGCUCACUAGAGGGAGGCCUUUUCCAGUUGUCUUCCUUUUCAGAGGCUUUGUCUUCUGCGUGGGAAAUGGACUCCUCCAAAGCUACUAUCUGGUUUACUGUGCUGAAUACCCUGCUGAGUGGUACACAGACAUACGGUUUAGCCUGGGUGUCUUCUUAUUUAUUUUGGGAAUGGGAAUCAACAUUCAUAGUGACUAUAUCCUGCGCCGGCUCAGGAAGCCUGGAGAAACCACCUAUAGGAUCCCACAAGGUGGCUUGUUCACGUAUGUUUCUGGAGCCAAUUUCCUUGGUGAGAUCAUUGAAUGGAUCGGCUACGCCCUGGCCACUUGGUCCCUCCCAGGACUUGCGUUUGCAUUCUUCUCACUUUGUUUCCUUGGGCAGCGAGCUUUUCACCACCAUAGGUUCUACCUCAAGAUGUUUGAGGACUACCCCAAGUCUCGGAAAGCUCUCAUUCCAUUCAUCUUUUAAAGAAACCAAAUGGAAAAGGGAUCAGGCUGUUCAACAAUCCUGUCAAAAACCAUCAAGCUGCUGAACAUGUAACUUCCCGCUGUGUAUAUGUAAUAGUAGGUCUCUCGUGUUCUGGCAGCCAGCCUAAAGGUCUGCCUUGGUCCCUUUAGAGUUUCCUUCCUCCCUUCCUGGGGAUCUCUAUCCUAAUCUCCUACUGAAGCUUCAGCAAGACCCUUUACCACGUACAGACACCUGCUGCUUAGCUAUUCCUCCUAGAAAGUGCGAACUUCCCUGUAUGUCUUUUUCUUUGAAUGACCCGAGUACAUGUGGCUUUGUAUCUUUUCUGUGUCAAUGUAAAGUACCCCUGUCGUCGAGAAGGUUUUGAGUUGAGGAUAGUGCCUGUAGAAUUUGUUAAACGGGUGCAUUUGAGCCCUGUACAAAUCAGCAGAGAUUGAAAUUCUGAAGCUGCACAGACCCAGAGCAAAUCUUAUCCCAAAUGAAAACCCAGUCACAUCUUCCUUUUCCUUAGUUAAUUAUGAAAGAUGUGAAAUGAUUGUAGACUUUUAAUAGAGGAGCUCUCUCUUCGCAGUGCUGAAAUGCAACGAGGCAUUGACCCGAUUUCAAAGUUGUGCAUUGUCCCAGUACCUCUGUCUUCCUGAAGAGUCCGUGGUUUCUUUUAGAGAUAUCAUAGCCUAACCCAGAGAACUCGGGUGGGUUUUUUUGAAGGUAAGGUUUUAGUGAACACAAAGAAGAGUACGUGACUCUGGUUGACUGCAGAGAGGAUUAGUGUUUCACAACACACUGUAAGCUCUCAUAUUGUUGGAAACUGGUGGAAAUAUCCAAAUAAUGAAAGUGUUAGAUGAGGAAAAUUACCGAGUAAGAGCAUAUGCCACUUGCCUUGCGGAGACAUGUACAGUGAAAAUGAAGCAUCACAGAAGCACCCAGCAACUCUUCUCUUCUGGACUUUCUGCAUCACAGUCCUCCGGAUCUAAUCAAGAAGGCAUGUCUUGGGGGUACCUUGAACAUCAUUCCUCGAAAGUCCUGGGGACAGAGCCUGAAAACUGUAACCGGAGGGACAUCUCUGGGAAGAAAACCUGUCUUUUGGCUCCAGCAGUGUUUCACUCAUAGUUUGGUUUUCUUUUCUUUUUUUUUAUAUAUUCAAAAUUUCCAAACUUUAAAAAUUAGAUUUCUACAUUUUUUUAGCUUCCUUUAAAACGUCACAGGAUCUUGGCCAGAAGAGCCUGCUAAGAACUGGGAUGAUCAGCUGGUACACAUUAGAAUUUGUGACCUCUGUGGAGGGGUCACCAUCACGUGGGUGCUGAGGCUGGGCUCUCUAAGGAAGGGGCUGAACAUUCGUCUUCAGAACAUAAUGGUGAUAUUUGCCUCCUCAGGUCUAGGUUUGUGGCAAGUGUUGGUAAUAUGUAGCAGACCCCUUGGAGAAGUGAGAACCAGUUUUGUCAGAUGCAGUGCUAAGAACUGAAAUUUACUAGAUAAAACACACAAGGCACUCAGAAGAUCUGAAGAGUAUGUAGAUUACUGAAGAAUACAAAUUGUCAUCAUAUAAAUACGUGUUUUACUGUUUAUUAAAUGCCUCUCGAAUCAUGUAUGUUAAGUAACCUUUUUUAAUUAAAAGAUCCCGAAACUCAUGAAGAUUUUCA